AUGGAACACCAUGCCUGUCCAUAUGAGGCUGACUGCCCUGAAACAAGCACAUACUGCCCCAAUGGAGCAGAACCUAGACCCUGCGAGUUUUCGGAUUGGUCUGCAUGGUCAGAACCUCUGGGAUGCACAGGUCUUUGCACAAGGACUCGCGACAUUGUUCGCCAGAACAGCUGUGGUGGAGCCGCUUGUGAGGGACCACUCCAUGACUCCGCCUAUUGUGAUGGAGCUAGCGCUUGCGAGACUUCCCCAAAGGACUGCAAACUUGGUCCAUGGGGUCCAUGGUCCGUUUGCAACGCCAAUGUGACACAACAGAGGACUGUGGCCCAACAGCAUCUGGCAGCCGCGACUGUGAGAUGUCCUCGUGCCAUCUUUAGUGUGGCGGUGGACAAAGAGGGAGGUUACGGACUAUUCUUAGACGUGCGGCAAGCCAAGCACAGUUUGUUCGUGCCAACAGGCCAAGACGACAUCUCAUUGUUGACACCUCAUUGUGCAGAAAUUGUUCGCCCUGUGCCUGCUGAUUUGUAA